CUUUACACCAGGACUACAGUGAUUCCCUUGGAUACCAACUUGAAUUAUAACUUGCUGAGAGAGCGCUUCUUUUAGGUCAUCGAUAACAAUGGCGAACCGCGACAGCGAUGUACUCAUGCUGGAAGCCCCACCGUCGUCGCGUCCGGCGUGGUCCACCGGCGCCGACAUAAUCGACGCACUUCCUUACAUCGACGAUGAGUAUGUGAAAGAAGAUGUGGAUCGAAUGAUUCAACGAGAGAUGCGUUUGAGCUCCAAAAAGCCCUCCGAUUUUCUCAAACAACUCCCUCCCAUCCCCUCCUUCAAUCUAGAGAAUCAUCCAAUGCUCGCUAGGGAAUUUGAAAGAGUUAGAGCUUCAAAGCCACCUGUACCUCUUGAUAUGUCAAGGUAUGGCCUUGAAAUGCCGUCUGCUAACAAAAGGAAUGAUGAGGCUGCUUGGAAUCAGGCACUUCAAAAAGCUCAACGUUUGCUUCAGCAUCAAGUGAUUAGGCUAGAAAAUCUUGAAUUAAUGUCAAAACAUGGCGCUGAUGUCUGGAUACAACACAACCAACGUCUUGAAGCAAUUUUAUCAAGAGUCCAGGCAGAAGCUCUUCAGAUAAGGAAAGAAAUAGAUGGUGUGAAUUUAGAAAGGAAAAAACAUCAGCAAAAAACUGCGGACGAGCUUAAUGUAUUAUCGGCACAAUGGAGGGAGCUUUGUGAGAAAAAUAUAGAAAUAGAAGCUGCAUGUGUUAAUAUGGGAAUCUAUAUUGAAGAACUGAAGAAAGAAGCUGCUGAAAGGGGCUGGGAUGUGGAGAGCAAGAUGGAUUCUGUGCCGGUUCCUUAACAAAAUAGGCAUGCAUUUCCUAAUGAACUUGAGAUGUACAAGAUGAAUGAAAACAUUAAUUUGCAUUUCCUAGUGAACUUGAGAUGUCCAAGAUGAAUGAAAACAUUAAUCAAGAUGCCGAUGUACUCGUACCUGUUAUUUGACUUUGUUCUCAUUUUUCUUCCGAGUCAAUGUAAACAUCAGUUUUCUGUUGUAUAAUCACAGGUACCAGGAGAAGUCAGACCUUUAUGAACCAGUGACUACUAAUCUGCUAUCAUAUACAUUUCAGACAUGCA